AUGGGCAGGCAUCUGACCGGCUCCAGGCCGGCAGUGACUCUGAGCGCUGUGUCCACGAUGAGCGUUCUCGAACGGCGAAGUGCAUUAGGAAUACUCGGCGAAGUAUGCUCUGAACGACGUGUUAGGCUCCAGCUUUUUGCUUCGCCGCCGCCUCACGACCUCCGGUGUUGCCUUCCUAACGGAGCGGCAGCAGCUGCCUGUGGCUUCGGGGUGAGACAGAUGAUGGCAGUUCUAGCAAUGAUCGGUGUUGGCGACACGGCCCGGGCUGACGUGGCCGUGCUGAGUGCAUUCAGGGGCUGUCUGGAUUUGGUCGACGCGACGCAGUUUCGCAGCCCCAUCUGGUGUGACCAGGAGUUUCUUCAUCAUGGGUCCCGACGCGGCGUGUGGGCGCCUGCCUUGCCGCUACAGCAAGGGACGAAGGCGUAUGGAUCCGUCAUGAGUCGAGAACGGCGAGGACGCUCACACGCAAUCGCAUUUGCCAGGCACUUUGCAGUGGAUGUCUGUGGGCCUGUAGACAUGGCCUGA